GUCCUUAUCAGUUUGAGUUAAAACCACAGUUUCAGCUGCCUCAGUUGCACUCUGGUAGGAGCCAUCAUGGAGAGAGCUGUGGUGCGAAUCACCCUCUUUGGGCUGCUGCUGGCUUUGGCUACCACACUACCAAACAAGGACGACUGGGACAUCUACAGCUUUCACAUCAACUCCACAGUGUCCAGUCGUUAUGCAACCACUGUCAUAAAGAGCCGCGUGGCCAAUCGGAUGAAUGAGUCAAAGGAAAUAGAAUUCCAAGUCCGGAUUCCCAAGAACGCCUUCAUCAGUAAAUUCAGAAUGUUUAUAGAAGGUCAAGUGUACGAUGGUGCUGUGAAAGGUAAAGAGAGCGCUCGGCAGCAGUACACUGAGGCUGUGUCCCGUGGUGAAAGCGCUGGGCUGGUCAGUUCUGUAGGGAGGACUCUGGAGGAAUUCAAAACCUCUGUUACUGUGGCUGCUCACAAAAAGGUCACCUUUGAACUCACAUAUGAGGAGCUGCUGAAGCGAACGCUUGGAAAAUACGAGCUGCAAAUCCACGCUCGACCCAUGCAGCCUGUCAAAGACUUCAAGGUUGAUGUGCACAUUAACGAGAAAACCGGCAUCAAUUUCAUCGAGAUUAAAGGAGGACUGAGCACCAAAGCCCUGGCUAAUGCCAUCACCAAAACACACGCCGACAAACAGGCGUGGGUGUAUUUCUACCCGACAGAGGACCAACAGAAAACGUGUGACAGCUGUGGGGAGCAGGGUAUGAAUGGAGAUCUGGUUAUUGUGUAUGAUGUCAACAGGGACACCUCACUGGGAGAAAUCGAGAAAUCAGAUGGAUACUUCGUUCAUCACUUUGCUCCGUCUAGUCUUGCCCGCAUACCAAAAAAUGUUGUCUUCGUUAUUGAUCGAAGUGGCUCAAUGCGCGGCAGAAAAAUAGAACAGACCCGAGUAGCAUUACUCCACAUCUUGAACGACCUAGCAGAGGAGGACCACUUUGGUCUUAUCACUUUUGAUGGCAACAUUUAUCACUGGAAACGAGAACUUGUUCAGGCCAACAAGGAAAACGUUGAGAGUGCCAAGACAUUUGCACGGAAUAUCGUAGUUCUAGGAGCCACAAACAUAAACGAUGCAGUGUUGCAAGGAGCACGUAUGCUGAAUGCACAUCCCAGAGAAGGUUCAGCGUCCAUCCUCAUACUUCUCACCGAUGGAGACCCAAACUCAGGGGUGACAAAUGUCGAAGUAAUCCACUCAAAUGUCAGGCAGGCCAUUGCAGAUAAAUUCCCACUCUACUGUCUUGGUUUUGGUUUUGAUGUCAAGUUUGAGUUCCUUGAGAAGAUGUCGCUGCAGAACAACGGUGUGGCCCGACGGAUUUAUGAAGACUCUGACGCAGAUUUACAGCUGAAGGGUUUCUAUGAAGAGGUGGCCACUCCUCUAUUGAUAGAUGUCACAAUGAUCUAUAACGGUGGGACCAAUCUAACCCAGACCAACUUCAGCCAGUUUUAUAAUGGCUCUGAGAUCGUGGUGGCUGGUCAGAUCACUGACAAUGACAUCGAAAUCUUUACUCCACAAGUUGUGGCCAUUUCAAGGAGUAGAAAGGUGACCUUUUCUGAAACUAACACCACUGUGGAGUCCACUAGAACAGUUUCCAACAGCCACAUCCAGAGGGUCUGGGCCUACCUCACAGUCAAACAGCUUCUGGAGAAAGAGCUGCUGUUAUCUGGAGCUGAGAAGGAGAACGUGAAGAAAGAGAUCUUGGAGCUGUCGCUGAAGUACAACUUUGUGACCCCGCUCACAUCCAUGGUGGUCACCAAGCCUCCGGGGGAGAAGACAGAUGUGCUCCAUAAACCCAAGGAAGGGGAAACACACAGUCCACCCUUGUCAGGUGGAACAUGGAAACAGCACUAUCUUGUAGCGCACAGGCCACCCAUGUCAGGUGGCCCUUGGGCAAAACAUCCACCUGUAGCGCACAGUCCACCCAUGUCAGGUGGAACAUGGGUACAUCCACCUGUAGCGCACAGUCCACCCAUGUCAGGUGGAACAUGGGUACAUCCACCUGUAGCGCACAGUCCACCCAUGUCAGGUGGAACAUGGGUACAUCCACCUGUAGCGCACAGUCCACCCAUGUCAGGUGGAACAUGGGUACAUCCACCUGUAGCGCACAGUCCACCCAUGUCAGGUGGAACAUGGGUACAUCCACAUGUAGCGCACAGUCCACCCAUGCGAUCUGGAGGGUUUGGAGGAGGUGGAGGAGGUGGAGGAGGUUUCUCACGGCAGAACUCUGAUGCGUCCAUAAGGAAUAGUCCUGGAGUUCAAGACACAUCACCUGUAUUCGUAACAACACAAAUGUAUUUCAAAAAUUAUUUGAUGCCUGGAAUACUUCCCUUUCGGCCAGUCACACCAUCUCAUGCUCCUCACGUUGAUACCUCAAUGAAAGUGCAUCCCACCAUUGUCCCAGACAGAACAGCUAAAGCUCCUCUCUCCCACAGGUUUUUGCUAAAAUCUGAGAAUCUGACUCUUCCACUGUGCUUCGACGUCGCUGGAGAUGUUCGCCUUAAACUACUUCAUCAUCCCACCAGGGAGCUGUCUGUGAAUGGUGAGCUUGAUUCAGUCAUGAAUGGAGGCUUCAAAAAGAUUGUCAUCCACUUAAACACUGACCUGCAUGUUGAGGUGGACACCAAUGAAAUCAUUGUACGAGACGGACAGAUGCUGACACGCCGCAGUGGACAGGAUGUCUUCACAGCUGGAAGUUUGGCCGUGAUAAAGCGGGACAAGGAAAUAGAUGUUGCAGUUGGAGACACACGCGUGGUCAUCUUAAUUCAUGUGAAGGAUGGAGAAAAAUUCCUCUGGCCGGUUUUAAGAGAGCAGCCACUGGAAGGGAACGUCACAGGAAUUUUAGCUCUGAAGCCAGCAGUUUAUGAGGAGCUGCAACAAACUCCCUCAAUCAAACUUAAGAUCAAAGACCAGGAGGUUGACGUAACCAGGGCCAAUGCUGUUGACUACAGUAUCGUCUCCCCUCCAACACUGGACUGCUGGCUCAUGCCAGCUGAGUCUGUCCUGCAGAGACGCCUGGAUGAUUUCAUCGUUACACAACUUUAACUGGGAACCAUGUUGAAUAACUUGCAAAGAUUUCAUUCAAAAAAUUAGUCAAAUAGUCAUUCAUCAUGGAAGAAAGACCUGUUACUAACAUUAACAAAUAAAUAAUAUUCCA